UUCUGUGUGUUUUUCUCAAAAAUAAUCGUUAUUAAUUCGUGUUAAUUUGUGGAAAAAAGCUUCAUCAUGUCUGGAGAGCUUCCGUUCCGCGCCGAGUAUGCCAAAAGUGGACGUGCCAAAUGCAAAAACUGCAAAGAAACUAUCGAAAAUCAAACCUUACGUCUUGCUGCCAUGGUUCAGUCCGCGUUCCAUGAUGGCAAACAACCAAAUUGGUUCCAUUUUGAUUGUUUCUUCAAAAAACAACGCCCGGCUUCAGAGGGUAAGUGUUUAUUUACAAAAAAUAUCGCGUUUCAAAAAUUUAUUGUUUGUUUACAUUUACAUUUCAGGCGAUAUCGAGCACUUUAAUUCACUGAAAUACGAAGACCAGAAACGUAUUCGUGACCAAAUCGAAGCACUUUCGGGCGUAGUUUUGCCAGCGGCAAAGGGAAAAGGCAAAAAACGAUCAGCAGCUGGUCCGUCGUCACUCGUUCUCAAAGAUUUUGGUGUCGAAUAUUCGGCAUCGGGUCGUGCUACGUGCGCCGGAUGCCAAAUCAAGAUUUUAAAGGAUGUCGUUCGCGUCAAGAAAACCGUCUAUGACACGGAAGUGGGCAUGAAAUUCGGCGGUCAAGCAAUCUGGCAUCAUUUGGAUUGUUUUGCAAAAAUUCGCGAUGAACUGGGUUUCUAUGAGUGCGGCGACAAGUUGCCGGGCUUCAAUACGCUUUCCAAAGACGACCAAAAAGAAGUUAGAAAAAUGCUUCCGGCAGUCUCGAUGGACACGGUUCCCGUUAAAAAGGUCAAAAAGGAGGAAUUGGACGAAGUUGAUGCCGCAAAAGCUGCCGAAACGGAAGACUUGAUCAAGAAACAGUCGAAUGCGCUGUACAAACUACGUGGCAAACUCGAAAGUAACAUGAGCAAAAAUGAUUUUAUCGCGAUUUUGCAGAAAAACAAGCAACAAGUUCCCGAAGGUAAAGACGCCAUUUUGGAUCUCCUCACCGAUAUCAUGGUAUUUGGAGCUCUCAAGCCAUGCGAAAAAUGCCAAGGCCAGUUCCAGUUCACAAAUACCGGCUACAAAUGCACCGGCGACUUGACAGAAUGGGUAAAAUGUGAAAAUGUCACGCAAGAUCCACCACGCGAAAAAUGUCACAUUCCGUCGUACUUGAAGGAAAAAGUCGAUUUUCUGAAAAAGUACAAAUCGAAUGUCAUGAAACGGACGUUGCGCUAUGUGCCGCCCAGUGGAAAGGCAUACGCCCAACGUGGUCCCGGCUACAAUGUGAAGAAAGAAGAGGAAGGACCGCGUGUUAAGAAGGAAAGACCUCCAUUGUACAACAUGGAAUUCGUGAUUCUCGGCAAGACGACCAUACCGAAGGACGACAUCAAGGAGCGAAUUCGUUUGUUGGGCGGAAAAGUAGUGACGAAAAUUCAUGAACGCACCGCCGCCAUCAUUUCCAGCAAGAACGAAGUGGAAAAUAUGAAUUUUCGCAUGGAAGAAGCCAAAGAUCAUGCGAUUCAGGUGGUGCCGGAAGCCUUUUUGGAGCAUGUUGAGAAGAAGGGAGGCGCUUUGGAGUACAUUCAAGCGAGAAGCAUUUGCGAUUGGGGAAGUGAUCCUGCCACUCGUGUUCCAUCGGAAGCUGAGCUGAAAUCCAAAUCGAAAUCCCUGUACGCCAAAUCAGAAUCAUCCAAAACGGUCAAGGUUCAAUUGAAAGGCGGCACCGCUGUCGACCCCGACUCUGGCCUUGCCGACAAAGCUCAUGUCUACAAAGAAGGCAAACACAUCUGGAACACAGUGCUCGGCCUAACCGACAUCCAAUCCGGCAAAAAUUCCUACUACAAAAUGCAAAUCUUGGAAGGCGACAAAAGCAAGCGUUACUGGUUGUUCCGCGCUUGGGGUCGCAUCGGCACGACAAUCGGCGGCAACAAAGUCGACAACUUCGCCGACCUCGAGGAAGCCAAAGAAAAGUUCGAGGAGCUUUACGAAGAAAAAACUGGCAACAUGUGGAACUUCCGUCAUCAAUUCGUGAAGCGUCCGGGCAAAAUGUACCCGAUCGACGUGGAUUACGGUGCCGAUGAAGGCGUCAAAAAGUUGGAUACGGAAAGCAAAAUCAAGUCGGAAUUGCCAACGCCCGUACAGGAUUUGAUCAAAUUGAUCUUCGACGUGGAAGAGAUGAAGAAAACGAUGAUGGAACUCGAGCUGGACACGGAAAAAAUGCCUUUGGGUCGUUUAAGCAAGAAACAACUGCAAAAGGCAUAUGCUGUACUUACCGAAUUAUCUGGUUACGUCACUAGCAAUGCAACUAACGAUCGUUUUAUUGAUGCCUCGAACCGUUUUUACACCCUCGUCCCACAUUCCUUCGGCACGGAGAUGCCCCCUUUGCUCGAUACCCUCGAAGCGAUUACCGAAAAGAUCAAUAUGCUCGACAAUUUGAUCGAAAUCGAGCUGGCUUACAGCAUGUUGAACGAAGAAACCGAUGCCGAGAAGAAUCCCAUCGAUGGGCAUUAUCAACAACUCAAGACCGAUAUCACGCCACUCGACAAAAACUCCGAAGAAUUCCAAAUUCUCCAGAAAUACGUCAAGAACACGCAUGCCGAGACGCACAAUCAAUACGAACUCGAGAUCGAGGACAUUUUCCGUGUGGCUCGCAAGCACGAAGAUCGUCGUUACAAGCCAUUCAAGAAGCUACACAACCGCAAAUUGCUCUGGCACGGUUCGCGUUUGACCAAUUGGGCGGGAAUUUUGUCGCACGGCUUGAAAAUUGCGCCGCCCGAGGCCCCAGUUACCGGUUACAUGUUCGGCAAGGGUAUCUACUUUGCGGACAUGGUCUCCAAAUCGGCCAAUUAUUGUUGUACGUCGCGUACAAACCCCACAGGCUUGUUGAUGUUGAGCGAAGUGGCACUUGGCAACAUGCAGGAAUACACAAAGGCGCAUUAUGUCGAAAAAUUGCCGGCUGGCAAGCAUUCCGUCAAGGGUGUCGGCAAAACAUUCCCCGAUCCGAACAAUGUGAAUGUCCGCGAAGACGGCGUCGAGAUCCCGUAUGGCAAACCCAUGUCUGAUCCCUCGAUCCGCUCCGAUUUACUCUACAACGAGUAUAUUGUAUACGAUGUGGCACAGGUUAAAUGCGAGUAUUUGCUGAAAGUCAACUUCAAAUACAAGAUUUAAACUUUUUUUUCCUAAAUUUUUUGUUACCUACCUAAGAUAUUGAUAUAAGAAAUUUUUUGUAUUGCCAAAAUUGAGUUUUUGUUACAGUUUCAGUUUUUUUUAUUGUGUUUUGAGCAUAAUCACUUUAUAUAAAUAAUAAAAACAUUGAAUAAAC